GCCCCGGCAACUCAUGUAGAGUCCGAACAUCAGCCCCCAAGUGGCCCGACCGACUGGCUGCGUAUACAUCCAUCCCUGUACAAUUCGUCGCAACACUUAUUAAUUAGCUGGGUUGUGUCCAAAUUCAAGUCCCUCAGCGGCCCAUCGUUGCGUGUUCUGUCCUCGGCGCAAGUACCCACCGCGCCUUCGCAAUCUCACCUGUCGGCAGUAAGGCGGCGAAGGCGGAAUUCCCGAGUGAUCAAGGCAUCUGACCCACUCACACGAACCCCUCAACAUGCUAAACAGCCAUCUCGACCAAAUGCUCGGCCUGGCUGGCGUGCAGAAACUGCUCCAGGAUGGCCCUUUGGGGUUAACAGUCGCGACAGCUCUUCUUUUGACCAUAGGAAGCAUAGCGCUCGACUACGCCCGAAUGCUAUGGCUUCGCUCCAAAAUGCCCCCGGGGCCGCUGCCAUUCCCCAUCGUGGGCAACACGUUCAUGCUGCCUGAUAACAAGCCGUGGCUGUGGUUUGAAGAGCUGUCCAAGACAUACAAGUCCCCUCUCGUGACCGUGUGGAUAGGCAGGAACCCAACGGUCUGGAUCAAUGACGCCUGGGCGGCCUCGGACCUAUUCGAAAAGCGAGCAGGGAUAUAUUCCUCGCGGCCGAGGAUGCUGGUCUUCGCGGAGCUGGGUGCCGGCCAGUCAAAUCUGGUGAACCAAUACACUUUCAGCCCCGAACAGCGGGAGAGAUGGCGUCUUCAGAGGAAGCUUAUGCAUCAUGGUGUUGGCGUGCAGGCCGUCCGGAAGUAUCGUGGCUUCCAGAAUGACGAAAGCCGGCUUGUUGCGCUUGACCUGCUCAGCGAACCGAAUGACUACGUAAAGCAUUUCGAGCGAUAUGCUACGAGUGUAGUCAGCAUCAUUGGGUUCGGAAGGCGAGUUUCAAGUAGCCAGGAUCCCAUCAUUACAGAAGUAAUCGCUGUCAUGCAGUUGGCAGCGGAGCUUAACGUCCCCGGCAAGAAGUUUCCAAUGCUGAUGGAGACAUUUCCUUUCCUGGCCAGGUUCCCCAACGCCAUUGCUCCUUGGAAACACGGGCUUGGUAGCAAAAGGGGACGCGGGUUCUUCUAUGCGCUGGCCGAGGAGGCGGCGAAGAAGCCCGGCCACGAGGAAUCAUUUGUCAAGCACCUGUUUGCAGAAAGGGAAAAGUACACCCUGGACGACGAGGAGAUCUCCGCCCUCAGCGGGAAUCUGUUUGGUGCUGGGUCUGAUACCAGCAGUUCCACCCUGAUUACCUUCAUCCUGGCCUGCUGUGCAUUUCCUGGGGCUUUAUUGCCAGCGUAUGAGGAGCUUGACCGUGUCGUUGGCCCUUUUCGGAGCCCGCACUUUGACGAUCAGCCCAACUUGCCCUACGUCAAUGCGCUUGUCAAAGAGGUUUUUAGGUGGAGGUCCGUUGCGAUCAUCGGGGGGCAGCCACACUCACCCACCCAAGACGAUAUGUAUAACGGUUGGUUGAUUCCGAAAGGCACGUGGAUCCAGGGCAAUGUGUGGGCAAUUCACCAUAACGAGCGUGAAUUCCCCGAUCCUGACCAAUUUAACCCAAGGAGAUUUCUGCCCAGAAGCCCGGAAAGCAGACCUUUUCCGGGCGAGAGAGGUUACAUGACAUUUGGUUGGGGAAGAAGGGUUUGUUCUGGUCAGGCGUUGGCUGAGCAGGGGACGUGGGUUACUAUUGCCAGACUUCUGUGGGGUUUCCACAUCCAGAAGAAACGACGACCAGAGGGUGGUUUUUUUGACGUGGAUAUAUUCAACUACACAAACGGACUUAAUAUGCGCCCUCGGCCCUUCGAGUGCAGUAUUGAGCCGAGGACAGAGGACAUCCGACAAACAAUCAAGCGCGAGGGCCGACAAGCGCUGGAGGAUUUGCAGCAGUAUAACGGCGAGAGCAAGUAUAGGAUGUCGACGUUUUAUCAGCGUAAUGACCUCGCCAUGAAGUUGUUCGGGGAUGGCGUGAAAUAACCCUAGUAAUACAGAGUAUCUAAAGUUUUGAGCUAUCUGUGGGUUUUUGUGCUCCCUAUGCCGGGAGGUAUAGGGGGUAAUCGAUGAGUCUGGACCCCAGGUACUAACAAGAGUCCCGAGUUCCACCUGGACAAAUCAAACGGCUAGGAACUCGUCCAAGCCACAUUUCUCUAAAAUCACAGCAACUAUUGCGCGC